AUGUCCAAGCAAAAUCAGUGCCUUAUGCCAAUGGCUUCACUCACUUCACUCUCUCGUCUCUCUACUCCUACCCAUUUCUUUACACUAACUCUUCUCUUUGUCUUUCUCUCUCUUCCACUAACAGUUCUCUGUCGGUGCACGAAAUCACCUGUAAUAUUCAAUUUCGGCGAUUCCAACUCGGACACCGGUGGACUCGUCGCCGGACUCGGUUUUCCCGUCAACCUUCCCAAUGGUCGCACCUUUUUUGGGAGAUCAACCGGUCGACUCUCCGAUGGACGUCUUGUGAUCGAUUUUCUCUGCCAAAGUGUGAACACUAGUUUUCUGAGCCCAUACCUGGACUCGGUGGGGACUACAUUUUCAAAUGGAGCAAAUUUUGCAGUGGUGGGGUCCUCUACUUUGCCUAAAUACGUACCCUUUGCAUUGAAUGUUCAGGUUCUGCAGUUCCUUCAUUUCAAGGCUAGGUCCCUUGAACUUGUUCAUGCAGGCUCUGGAAAUCUAAUUGAUGAUGAAGGAUUCCGUAAUGCUCUCUAUAUGAUCGACAUUGGACAAAAUGACCUCUCUGAUUCAUUUGCUAAGAACCUGUCUUAUGCGCAAGUUGUCAAAAAAAUCCCAUCCAUAAUUACAGAAAUCAAGAAUGCUAUUCAGGCUGUAUAUAGUCAAGGUGGCAGGAAAUUUUGGGUCCACAACUCAGGGCCAUUGGGCUGUCUCCCUCAAAAAAUCUCACUAGUUCAAAAAACUUCCAAAGAUCUUGAUCCUUAUGGUUGUCUUUCAAGUUACAAUGCUGCUGCAAAAUUAUUCAAUGAAGGUCUGCGCCAUCUGUGCCAAGAAUUGAGAACUGCAUUGAGAGAUGCUACUGUUGUGUAUGUGGAUAUAUACGCGAUCAAGUAUGAUUUCAUCGUCAACUCUAGCAAAUAUGAUUUCUCAAGUCCUUUGAUGGCAUGUUGCGGCUUUGGAGGACCUCCAUACAACUACAAUAUCAAGGUGACUUGUGGUCAGCCCGGGUAUCAGGUCUGCAAUGUAGGAUCUCCAUUCUUAAGUUGGGAUGGAAUCCAUUACAGUGAAGCAGCUAAUUCAAUUGUAACCUCAAAAAUACUUUCCACCGCGUAUUCUACGCCGCGUAUUGCCUUUGAUUUCUUUUGCCAAUGAUAGUUAUUCAUCACUCAAAGGCAUGGGGUUCUUAGUUGUGCUAAAGUGGGUUGGUGAAAACCAGUCGUGGUGAUUGAUUAUAAAUUGUUAGAAUUGAUCUUAAAAUUUAGUAUUGAUCCAAAAUACUGAAAAGGGUUGUAACCUAAAAAAUUGUAAUUUUUUAGGAUCGAUCCAAAUAUGUUAGGAUCUAUGAAUUUUUCUUAUUGUAACUUAAUCUAAAAAAUUGUAUUUUGGACAAAAAGACAAUAAACUUUCCUAUUGUAUUUUUUUGGGUAUCAAGAUCAAAUCAUUGAAAGCAGCCAAGGUG